GCCAUCCCAGGGUUGUCGCAGAGGCCUGGCGUAGUGCGGGCGUGGGGCGGGUCCAGUGCUAGGGUAGUGCGGGCGUGGGGCGCGCAGGGUUAUUGUCGGAACCGGCCGCGCUCAUGUCGCUGUUCUUCAAGUUCAGAAGCAACCGAGGCAGCGGCGCCGGUGCGGCUGCGUGCGGCAUGGAGUGCGGAGUGGCGGCGAGCGGCUUCCCCGCGCCCGCACCCCGCGCACACCCCGCCCUCUCCCCGACAGAGCGCUCCCCCGCCAAGGCCGGACUGCACGUCAACUUCAGCGAUAAGGGAGAGGUAAAAGAGCGACGCGAGAAGUUCCUAACGGCGAAGUAUGGCAGCCAUCAGAUGGCACUGAUACGCAAGCGACUCGCGGUCGAGAUGUGGCUCUACGACGAGCUGCAGAAGCUCUACGAGAUACCGAAGGAGAGCAGCGGGGCGGCGGGCGCGCAGGAGGUGGAGGUGGACAUCGACGAGCUCCUGGACAUGGACACCGACGACUCGCGGCGGCGCCACCUCGCGACAUUGCUAGCGGAUGCCAAAAAGCCACAAAAGGACGUCCACAAGUUUAUCAACGAAUUAUUAGACAAGGCUAAGACUCUGUAAAGGACUUAGCACACGUCGGAGUUAAAUCUCAUGCAAGCGGCGGUGCGGACCCUGGCGCCCGCGGACUGGACUCGCGCGCUUUCAACUUGACUUCCCGAACUGUUACUUGAACUGUUAGCGGUGCCGUCACCAGCACCGCGUGCGGUCAAGCGACAGCAAACGUAUAAAUGACAUAUCAUUAUGUUGAAGCGCUGCGGUCGAUGACCCCGCAGAUGUUGUGAGGCUCUGAGCUUCACGGCGCUUGUCCAGAAGAACAGGAAACAACGAGGAGAGUGAAGUGAUCCAAUGAGCGCGUUCUUUUUUAAACUCUAAGCACUGUUCUCUCGGAGUUCUGUACCGCAACUCAAGCUUGUGGAUGUGUAACUUUGGCUUUUCAUAACUAUUGAAUCUAGAUUAUUGUCGUGUUCGUAGUAGUCAACUAAUAAUUGACUUGCCAAUCUUUUGUAAAGUAACUCGGGGUUGCGGUGAAACUACGGCAGUUUGUGCCGCGGCGCCCUGCGAUUUAGAUAACGAUAACAAUAUUUGUUAGUUAGUUAUUAACAGAUUAGGUUAAGAACGUAGUAUACGUAAUGUAUUAAUGUAUAAUAUUUAAUAGCAUACAUGUGAAGUGGCGCCACACACUGCGGUCCGACCUUUUGUCCUUAUGAAGUGUAUUCAGCUGCAGUCAUAAAUUAUGUGUAAUAAUACUGUAGGUUCAUUGUAAAGGUUCGAGACUUCGGUGGCUAAUUAUAUUUGAAGUUGCAAGAGUGCGCAGCAGAACACUACCUCCCGAUAUUUCGAUAAUGAUUAACUGUUGAUUGUGUAUUCAGUCACUACAACGAGACUAAUACAUUAACAAAAUAUAGAAAUCGACACCUGUUUGAUUUCAUUUGUGAAAAAAUGAGGGAAUUUCUUUGUAAACACUUCAAAAUCCUGCUAUGUAAACCGACAAAAUUCGGUGGUUUUGGCUAAUUCGGGCCCACGAGUCGCGUCACAAGUCGGCGCGACAGUGCGCCAUGGCACGGGGACGAGUGGAAUGUUAGAGGCACGAAAUGCGAGCCCAGACCAGCGUCGCACGCGGGGCCAGCAACAGCUCUAUGCUCAAAUAAGUUUCGUCGUCACACGCGCUCCGACCACAUCUCCAAGAGACUCGCCUGCGUAGGUACCUGCGCGCUGCGUUGCAUAAAGCAUUGAUCUGUCGGUGCCACUCGUGAAUGCGUGCACUUGUGGGAAUAUUCAUACUUAGUAUAAAUUAAAAGUACGAUAUUAUGUUAAAUUAUUAAUUCCGGUAGAUAUGUCAAUAACUAUGUACCUAGGUGUUUUGUAAAUUGUAAUGUUCAUUAGGUACUUGGUUAAUAAAACGGCCUCACCAGUCAA